UUUUUGUCCUGUUUGUCUUUGGUAUACUGGUUAUGGCUUAACAUAUUUUGGCGUAAUGGGUCUAAGGCAUAAUUGAAAUUAUUCGGUCAUAGAUCAUUUCGCUACCUGUUUUGAGAUCUCAAACCUCACAAUAUCUUUGAUUUCGCGACCGACAUUAGAUAAGUUGUGUUUGCAUUUUGAAACAUCAAAAAGUGCCGUGAGUGAUUUUUGGACUUAGAACUUAGUGUGUGCAGUGAACCUUUGGACUCUGCUACGAGGUUGUCGGUGUUGAGGAUCUGCCGAGCUGUUGCUGCUUCGGGAAAGAAGGAUGGAGGAGUUUGUACGACCGCGCAAGGCGCACUGGUGAUCACAGCGAGCGCGAUUGGCGGGCGGCGGAGCGUAGAGAGUGUGAUGGCGAUGGCGCGGCCGCUCCUGGGCGUGACACUGCUCGCCGCGUUGGCGGCCGCGGCCAGUGCGCCCACGCAACCCCCGCUGAGACAUUAUCAGCGUCGAGCACGCGGUAUAGUAUCCGUAGACGAGGGUCACACGGAAGGCACGGAGGGUGGGAUCGUGGUGGAGGCGGGAGCGGGGUUGGACCCGCUGGAGCUGGCGGAGGUGGCGGGCGUGCCGGCGUGGCGCGAGCUGUGGUACGGGUCGCUGGACGCGCUGCACGCGCUGCGCGAGCCCAGCAUCAACAACACGCAGGAGGACGUGGUCGCGCAGCUGGGCGCGCUCGCCUUCCUGCACUGCCCCGUGCGCAACCUCGGCGAGCGCGGCGUGUCAUGGGUGCGCCGCCGCGACUGGCAUAUCAUCAGCUCCGGCGUACUCAUGUACACCAACGACGAGCGCUUUCAGGUGCUACAUAGCGAGGGAUCUGAUGACUGGAUUUUACAAAUUAAAUACGUACAAAAGAGAGACAAUGGUACUUACGAAUGUCAAGUGUCGACGGGUGCGGGCACGCUGUCGCGGCUGGUGCACCUGCACAUCGCGGUGCCCGAGGCUUUUAUCCUCGGCGCGGACGAACAUCACGUCGACGCCGGUUCUGCGCUCAACCUGGUCUGCAUCAUAGAAAAGAGCCCGGUGCCACCGCAGUACGUGUUCUGGUACCACAACGCGCGCAUGAUCAACUACGACGCGGCGCGCGGCGUGUCGGUGGUGACGGAGCCGGGGCCCAAGACGCAGAGCACGCUGAGCAUCCGCGCGGCCGCGCCUGCGCACUCCGGCAACUACACCUGCGCCGCCGCCAACACAGAGCCCGCGCACAUCUACGUAUACGUCUCCGAGGGCAGUGAUAAGAUGGCGGCCACACUGAGCCGUAACUCGAGUGCGAGCGGGCGCGCGUUCCCGCGCGUGGCUCCGCUCGUCGUCGCGCUCGGCGCCGCGCUCGUCACGCUGCUCAGACCACACCCAAGUCGCUAAUGCAAAUAAAACUGUGCUCAAAUCGUAUACUUAUGUGACGUGGAAUAAUAAGACACGCUUCUCGAAGAGGCUGCAUUUCCACUGGGGGCACAAUCCGAAUGAGUGGUUUUUAGAAUUAAAUGUGAUCAGUGAAUGUAAGAAUUUACGUUACUUGUAUAUAAAAAUUUACGGCACUAUUAAAAAUACGUCGACGCUAAAUCGUAUGUAAUAAAUGUCCUCGGGUGAACUUGUGGAGUGUUAACGUUGAGAACAUUUUUAUUGUACAUAUUGUUUGUAUUAACUGUAGAAAAACCAUGUUGUUCCAGUCUGACUUGGAACCCUAAUAAUAUUAAUGUAAAUAAAAUUAUGAGAACAUGACUAAUAUUGGUAAUUUAAAACUACAAUUUCGGACAAAGUUUUAAUAGUCGCAUGACUCCUUGCAUUAAAUAUCAUAUAAUAACCUACAUUUUUAUAAUUAAUUAAACUUCAGGAAAAAUAUGUUCAUGUUUUUUUUUAUUUGACAGAAAAGAACAUUGUCUAUUUCUAAUGCCAAACUAAAUCGAUGUCUUCAAAUUUAUCACUUCCCUUAUAAUAUUAAACGUAAGUUGAAAUGUAUGAAAAACGUUUUAACGUUUCAGGAGUCACAACAAACUAUUACGAAACAUUGUGAUGUAUCUAUGUACAGUACACCGGGUAACACCUAGGGUCCGUCUGCAGGGACGUCCUAGGAAUAUAGUUGUAAGGAUGAAGUCACGUGUCAUAAAAGAUAACAUCUUAUCCGGUGUUCGGAGAAAUCGCCUCACCACUAAGAACUUGAACAUGUCUGGGAGUGCCAAACCAGUUUUCGUCAAUGAACACCUCACAUACUACAAUAAACAGCUAUUAAAAAAAUGCAGGGAAGUUGCAAAACUCAAGAAUUUUCAGUAUGUGUGGAUCAAACACGGAAGAAUAUACGUAAGGAAAGCAGAUGGUUCUCCCCCAAUACAAAUACGAACGGAAAAGGAUGUCUCCAAAAUUUCCUGAAUUUAGUAUGUUUUUUCAUUGUAUUAAUUUGUAAACUCGUGUAUCAAAAUUAUACAAAAUUCAUAUUCAAUAAUAAUUUUGAAAGAGUAAAGGUAAUCGCUGAUGGUAAUAAUAUGAGAAGUGUAAUGUCUAUACUUGUUUUUGCAAGUUACUCUUUGACUAAUCUCAGCUUUGUGUGGCUCGCUGGCAUACCUAAGCAUAUCAUACGCGGAACAAGGGUGCGACUCUCAACGCAUGAACUUAGUUUUCAUAUCUUUAUAAAAUUAUACAUUAAGUAUAUGUUUAAAAUAUUAAUAUUUUUUCUUCGGGUCACUGAAAUAAUAUACGUUUAUUUUGCAUUGAUAAAAAAUGGAACUAUUUUUAUGAUUAUAAGGGAUAUUUUAUUUUUCGGCAAUAGAUGUUUUUAUGUCAUGAAAAUUAUGUAUAGCAUUUAUAUUCAUAUAACGGAUCUAAGAUUAUAUUUUGUUGCUAUUUACGUCUCUAACGUCGGUUAUUCAGAAAUGGAUGCACUCAAUUAUAGUGUAUCUGCUGUAUCAUUCGUGCGUUUUAACUCACCGUUUGCCUAUACACGCUGUGUACUGAUGAUUGCAUUUUUGUUAGAAUACCCCAUAUUUUACAACAAACUUUUUUGUUAUGGUGUUGUGGCAUUGCGACUUUUAAAGUUUUGUUAUUUUGUUUCGCAUUAUUCAUUAAUAUCAGAUAACGUCAACUUAAAAAUUAUAUCAUUAUAUAGCACUCACGGACGCUAUAGUAUAUUAAUUGGUGUAAGCAUAUGUAAUUAUUUUCAGGUAAAUAUUAUAAUCAUUGAUAAUACAUUACGUAGAUUAUUAAUUCACAAUGUCUAGUAAGUCAGUAAAUAUUUUUUAUCAAAACGUCCGUGGGUUACGUACUAAAACGGUAGAAUUUAGAAAUAAUAUUCUCUGCAAUAACUACGAUAUAAUAAUAGUAACAGAGUCUUGGUUACACGACGGGAUUUUCGAUGGCGAAUUUUGCGAUGAUAGGUACGAUGUGUUCCGUUUUGAUCGUGACUUAGCUAUUACUAAAAAGGAAACAGGCGGCGGAGUAUUUAUUUUAACACGGCGGUCACUGGGAGCUACGCGCAAAGCGUUUUCGUCCGCCACAGCCACGGAGCUCCUGUGGGUGACGGUGCCGGCCCGUGCGUGUUCCGCACCAGUGGACCUACAUAUAUGUGCUGUAUAUAUGCCUCCCGAAUCACAUCGAUUACCGUCUGACAUAGAAGUAUUUUCUCAAAGUGCUAGAAAUAAAAUUGAAACUUAUCCCAACGAUAAUUUUCUUCUGAUAGGCGAUUUUAACCUACCUUUUAUUAUAUGGGACGACAGUAAACCGACGUAUCUGCGAAAGGGACCUGUCGAGGUACAAAAUGCUGGUAUUGAGCUUAUUGAAACACUUCAAUUCUUAGGCCUCACACAGUACAAUUGUUUAAAAAAUGUCGCUGGUAAUACGCUUGAUCUCGCUUUUUCUAAUCUUCCAUUAUUAAUUGCACGUAGUUCUGACCCACUAGUAAGAGAGGAUUCGGCACAUCCUUCGUACACCAUGGAUAUUUUGGACCUUAAGUUGCGCCCCUUGAAGGAAGCUUCAGUGCCACGUCGUAAUUUUAGGAAAGCCGACUACGAAUCAAUAAAUAAAUUCCUGCUUGAAAAAGAUUGGAGUUCCGUUUUGCACGAUAAACCUCUAGAUGAAGCUGUUGACGAAUUUUACAGUGUUUUAAAUAAUUGUAUUAUAAACUUUGUACCCUUAAUAAAACGAUCUAAACGAUCAUAUCCUAUUUGGCAUUCAUCAGCGUUGAUUAAAAUCAUUAAAGAAAAAACUAGAGCUCAUUCUAGAUGGAAAAAGUAUGGAAACAGGUUAGAUUACGACGAAUUUUCUUUAUUGCGUGAUCGUGAGCGCAAGGUACAGAAGCAGUGUUUUGAGAUAUACACGUCUAGAUGUGAAAAUAAUAUUAAAACCAAUCCUAAAUUAUUUUGGUCUUAUACCAAGGCAAUUCGCGGCUGUUCUGCAUAUCCAAAAACCCUUAGCUUGAGAGGUACUGAAUAUUCGGUGGGUAAAGAUAUUUGUAACGCUUUUAAUGACUUCUUUAAAAGUGUUUUUGGUGUGCCAUCUACCAGUGCUAGUCCAGUUGCGGAGAACCAUGACUGUAAUGGUGUAAUAUCCAAAGUAUAUGUGACAACUGAUACCGUCAGAAAACUUUUACAACAGCUAGACAUAAAUAAAGGAUCUGGAAGCGACGGAAUACCUCCUUUUUUCUGGCGCCACUGCGUUGAAUCACUUGCUUUUCCAAUCUCUAUUAUUUUUAACCGUUCACUAAGCGAGGGAAUUUUUCCCGCCAUGUGGAAGUCGGCACACAUCGUACCUAUUCACAAGAAGGGCUCUAGAUCCGAUAUCGAAAACUACAGGGCUGUAUCUAUUCUCAACCCGUUGGCUAAAAUGCUUGAGAAGAUCGUAUACAAUGCCAUAUACCAAUUAAUAUCACAGGCAUUACCUAAUGCACAACACGGAUUUGUGAAAAGAAGAUCGACAACUACGAACCUAGGGUGCUUUACAAAUUUUGUUCUUAAAAAUAUGGAUGGCGGAGGUCAGGUUGACGUGAUUUAUACUGACAUGGAGAAGGCUUUCGAUCGCGUAGAUCACUCCAUCUUGUUGGAUAAAUUAAAUAGGUUGGGAAUUCAUGGUAGCUUACUUCGGUGGGUGAAAUCAUAUCUGGAAAAUCGUUCGCAGGCUGUCGUCCUCGGUGGUUAUCGAUCGGAUUUCGUUUCUGUUCCUACAGGAGUUCCUCAGGGAUCACAUUUGGGCCCGCUUUUUUACAACGCGUACUUGUACGAUAUAGGCAGUUGUUUUAAAUAUUCAAACUAUCUCAUGUACGCUGAUGACAAAAAAAUUUUUUGCAAAGUUUCCUCGGAAUCCAAUUGUCAACAAAUGCAAAGGGAUCUGGACUGUCUUCUUACAUAUUACACUAAUAACAAAUUAACCAUUAAUGUAAAAAAAUGCCAAUGUAUUACUUUUUCUCGAAAACCACAUCCAAUAAUUUAUAAUUAUACUUUUGACGGUACCGCUAUAGAGAGGACUAAGCUUGUGCGGGACUUGGGAGUACAUUUUGAUGAUAAGAUGCUAUUAACAGAACACAUACAGUAUUGCAAGAAUAAAGCUUAUAAGAAUCUUGGCUUUAUACUGCGGAUAUGCAAGUCCUUCUCUAAUUUAACAUCUAUUAAAAUAAUUUAUUACGCGUACGUGAGAAGUACAUUGGAAUAUGCUAGCCCUAUAUGGUCACCAAAUUACAUCACUCACAUUUAUAAUUUAGAACGUAUCCAAAAAAUAUUCAUUAAAUUUCUUAACUAUCGGGCCCGCAGACCAUCAGAAUCGUAUGAGGACAGCUGCCUCGCUCAUGACCUGCUAACCUUGGCACAACGUCGUACAGUUGCAGAUAUGUGUCUUUUGUAUGACAUAGUAAAUGGCGGGCUCGACUGUCCCGACUUAGUCUCCGAAAUUCGCUAUCGAACCCCGACGACCCGCACGCGUCAUACAGCUUUAUUCCACGUUCCAUUUUGUCGCACUAAAUAUGCUAAAAAUAUGAUUACAGCACGUUUAUCUCAUACAUUUAACUCGAAAUUUGAUGAUGUAGACCCUUUUGCUAAUUCCAAAGUUUCUUUUAAACGUAAAAUAAUAGAUUCUCUUAAAUUGUAAGUUAUAACAUAAUAAUGAAUUCAAUGCAUAUAAGUUUUCGCAUAUACUUCAAAAAUAUAUGUUAGUGCCCAGGUAUGCUAUGCAGCAACUUUAAUUUGUACCAACUUAGUAAAGAUUUUAUUUGAUAUUGAUUGCAUGACGACGUUUUGAACCACACAAUUUUAAAACUCGGUGAUUGCUUACCUUGCUCUGAUUUUUCUAUAAUUUAUUUAACUGUUUUUAUUUUGAUUUCACCAAUGUCGACUUUUUUAUAAAAUUAUUGUCAUAGAAAGGGAAACCUGUUAUUGGCUUUAUAUAUUGUUAAGAUCAUUGUAAAAUUAAUCUGUAACGCUGUUGGUUUUCUUAAUAAAAUAAAAUAAAAAUAAAAUAAAGUACAG